UUAACCUGAACUGAACCUGUUAUUUUUCAUGAGAAUACAUGUGAAAUGUAAUUACAACUACAGUCAUCAUCCCUAAUUAUUCAAACUUUUAUUUUUUUGCUGUGCUAGGAUUUAAUUUUGACAAGGAAUAGAUUUUAUAUAUUUUAUUUAAAGCAAUGGCUUCUCCUGCACCUAAGUCACCUGAACAGUCAGAUAAGAAUAGAAAAUAUGACAGACAAUUAAGACUAUGGGGUGAUCAUGGGCAAGCUGCUCUAGAAGAAGCUCAUAUUUGUCUUAUAAAUGCAACUGGUCUAGGAACCGAGAUCCUCAAGUCUUUAGUUUUACCAGGAAUUGGCGCUUUUACGAUUGUCGAUGGUAAAAAAAUAACCCAGGAAGAUAUUGGCGCCAAUUUCUUUCUAGAUGCAGACAGUUUUGGUAAAUCACGAGCGCAAGUAGCGACUCAGAUGUUAUUGGAAUUAAAUUCAGAUGUAAAGGGUGAUUUUAUUGACGAGGAAUCAGAUCAAAUAUUAGAAAAUGAUCCCGAGUAUUUUACCAAGUUCUCAGUUGUCGUGGCCACCGCAUUGACGGAAAAAUCUUUAAUAAAUUUGUCUAAAAAAUUGUGGGAAUUAAAUAUUCCUCUGAUAGCCAGUCAGAGUAUUGGGUUCAUCGGAUACAUGAGAGUCCAAAUACAAGAGCACAAUAUCAUAGAAUCUCACCCAGAGUACGAGAUGCCAGAUCUCAGACUAGACAAACCCUUUCCUUCACUAAAAGCUUAUCUGGAUUCGAUAAAUUUAGACGCCAUGGACCUCAAAGACCAUUCGCACACGCCCUAUGUUGUUAUUUUAUACAAGUGUCUGCAAGAAUGGUCGUCUAAAGGAAACGAUUUACCAAAGACUUACAAAGAAAAGCUGCAGUUUAUACAAUUUAUAAGAGAUAAAAUGUGGAAGGAUGAGCAGGGGAUUCCUACAGAAGAAGAAAAUUUUGAAGAAGCCAUCAGAGCCGUCAACACUUCAAUUGGGGUCACCCAAAUACCCAGUAAUGCUUCAGAAGUACUGGAAGAUGCUCGUUGCAUAAAUUUAAAUGCUAAGAGUAGUCCAUUUUGGAUAAUCGCUAAGGCUAUUCGUGAUUUUACACAAAAUGAGGGAAUGGGUUUAUUGCCAGUCAAAGGAGCUCUUCCAGAUAUGACCGCAGAUAGUGGAAAAUAUAUAACCCUUCAGCAAAUAUAUCACAAGCAAGCUGUUGCUGAUGCGGAAGCAGUAUGGCGUCAUACUCUUAGUUUACUAAAACAAUUAGGGCUGCCGUCAGAUUCGAUUUCUGAAAAACAUGUUAAAUUAUUUUGUCGGCAUGCUUCAGACUUACACUUUCAACGAGGAACGUCUAUUGCUGAUGAAUAUGAUCCAAAAGUAAUAAAUACUAAUUACAUAACUGAGAAUUUAGAGAAUCCUGAGAGUCUGAUGGUUUACUAUGUAGUUCUCAGAGGAAUCCAAAAGUUUCAAAACUAUUACAACUCUUAUCCAGGGGAAUUCGACGAUCAAGUUGAACCGGACAUUGUUACACUCAAGGGAUGUAUUACAAAAUUACUUGGAGAAUGGGGGUGUGGACCAUUACCCACUGACGAUUAUAUACAUGAGUUUUGCCGAUUCGGAGGUGCUGAGUUACAUUCAGUGUCUGCAUUCCUUGGUGGACUCGUUGCUCAAGAAACAAUUAAAUUUAUUACUUGUCAAUACAAACCUAUUCAUAAUACAUUUAUUUAUGACGCAACUUCUUCUAAAUCAGGCUCAUUUUUAUUUUGAACUAUAAGUUAAAUGUUGAUUAUAAUAUUUUUCAAAAAUAAACCUUUGUAAAACUA